UCGGUCCGCAGAAGCCCUACUUGCUGACGUUUUUGUGAAUGUCAUGUGAUUAGCCGCGGUCCGUAUACAGGGUUCAAUGAGAGCUGUUUGCCCCACCCAUCUCUUCAACGCUAUCUAGCUCAAUGUACGAUUCAAUGAGAAAAGGGAAAAAUCACCAAAAACACUCUCGGCAAGCGGAUCCGAUCGCGUCCAUCCGAGAAGUGACACGUUCCGUCUGCCAAGAGCUUGCUGUCAUUGCGGUAUUUGUCUUUUUAAACGGGUUCUCUUCACGGCUGUACAUGCACAUGUAUAACCCUGUCUUUCUGCAAGGCGAAUUCAAAACGGGUAAUACAAAGCGGAGCCUGACAGCGGACUCUGCCUAGAAAAUGCAGUGAAAAAUAUCGAAGAAUUGCGUUGUUCGGAACAGCUGCGCGUGCCGCGUGCGCCGUUAGCGAAGCCAUUCGGAUUGUUGGUGUGAAGCGAGCUUACGGAUGUGAGGAGAAAUUCAAAUUACAUCAGCUAACGGAGAAGACAAAAAAAAGCGCCUCUUUUGAUUUGAAUAGCCACAAAAGCCAUCGGUUCUCAUUGCAGAACAGGAGGAAAAUAAACAUUUAACUUGGGAUUUCAUUCAAAACAAACAAAAAACUAAAGAAAACAACAACAACAACCUAAAAAACUUCUGAUGUUCUGACAUCAUUUCAUAGCGGAGUUUAAAAAGGGUUCAUGUCGGCCACGGCUCGAGGCGGAAUGAACCGCAGGCCGUCCAUUUGUGGAAGAUAUCUAUCUCUUCAGGGUUUUUUUUAAAAACGUUCCUAUAUCCCCUUUCCCCGUCUUAGGGUGUCGGUGAACGGAUGUAACAGGAAAGAAAAUUAAAUACCCGUUUCGCAGUUUCCGAUGAUUUUGCGAGGAGCGCCGGCCGCGACUGUCAUUUUGGGGAAGCGACUAUGGAUUGCCGACGAGAAAUUUGUUAAAUCACACUGGGAUUUCUGCAACAGCAAGACAAAGACCUUCAUGUAACGCCGUGGACGCACACCGCGAAGUGUAAAACUCCCGCUCGGAUAUUACUGCACCAAAACGCUCGGGAGGACUCGGCCUUGUGUGUAGGCCGGCCUUGGUGUUUUCACCACCAUCACAAGCCUAAAGCUCCUACUGAGCACUCACUCAAAGGCAUUGCUUUAAUAUUGCUCCCUUCAUCCCUUUAAACGAUUGCCCCCAUCCAGCCUCGUGUGCUGUUCUUCCUCGGAAUGUGCACAUAGAAAUGUCAGAAUUCCCAAUCCUUGGAAUUUGAACACGUGCCAAUCAAGGAAAUUUUGCUAUUUGAUCAUACUUUACAUUCAUUCCCCAUCCACAAAAACAUUUUCUUUUUUUUAUUGGGACUUUGGGAAGAUGGGGUGUUUGGGCAACAGUAAAACAGAAGACCAACGUAAUGAGGAGAAGGCCCAGAGAGAAGCAAACAAAAAGAUAGACAAACAGUUACAGAAAGACAAACAGAUAUACAGAGCGACCCAUCGGCUACUACUGUUGGGAGCUGGAGAAUCGGGCAAAAGCACUAUAGUCAAACAGAUGCGCAUUUUACAUGUCAAUGGCUUCAAUGCUGAAGAGAAAAAACAGAAAAUUCAAGAUAUUAAGAAUAAUAUAAAAGAAGCUAUAGAGACUAUUGUGAAUGCAAUGAACAGUUUGGUACCUCCAGUUCAGUUAGCCUGUCCAGCAAACCAGUAUCGAAUCGAGUACAUCCUCAAUUUAACCAAUCAAAAAGACUUUGAAUUCACUCCGGAAUUUUAUGAACACACGAAGACCCUGUGGCAGGACGAGGGAGUAAGGGCCUGCUUUGAGAGAUCCAAUGAGUAUCAGCUGAUUGACUGUGCUCAGUAUUUCCUAGAUAAGAUUGACACUAUAAAGCAAAGUGACUAUACACCUACUGAUCAGGACUUGCUGAGAUGCAGAGUGCUGACCUCAGGGAUCUUUGAGACAAGGUUCCAAGUGGACAAAGUUAAUUUUCACAUGUUUGACGUUGGUGGUCAAAGAGAUGAACGAAGGAAAUGGAUCCAGUGUUUUAAUGAUGUGACUGCCAUUAUAUUUGUGGUGGCCAGCAGCAGCUAUAAUAUGGUCAUCCGAGAAGACAAUCAAACCAAUCGUCUCCAAGAAGCAUUAAACCUGUUCAAGAACAUAUGGAACAAUAGGUGGCUUCGAACCAUUUCUGUUAUUCUUUUCCUAAAUAAGCAAGACCUACUAGCUGAGAAGGUUCUGGCGGGAAAAUCAAAAAUAGAGGAGUAUUUCCCAGAGUUUUCACGCUACACUACACCAGAUGAUGCUACACCUGAAUUGGGGGAGGAUCCACGAGUUACAAGAGCAAAAUAUUUCAUCCGGGAUGAGUUCCUGAGGAUCAGUACAGCAAGUGGGGAUGGUCGCCAUUACUGCUACCCACACUUUACUUGUGCUGUGGACACAGAAAACAUCCGCCGGGUGUUCAAUGACUGCCGUGACAUCAUCCAGCGCAUGCAUCUCCGGCAAUACGAGCUCUUGUGAUUGCCACAUCAUCGCUGGAACCCAGUCGAGAACUUUCUACAGGCUUCCUGUCCUACUCAUGCCCCAAAAAUCCAACCAUGAAACUUACUACUUAUGAGUUUCCAGGACACACAGCAACAUAUAAGAGACAAACAGAUACAGGCUUUCUCCAUCCUGAGAUAGCUGAGGGGCAAAGAGAAUACUGUAUCAUUCAAGGGUGACUGUGCAAUCAAGAAAAGACAAUAUAGCCAAUGUCCACCAAUGUUAAAACAGAGAGGGUGAAUACAUACACAUAUGCUGGGAAAGAAAGGAAAAAAUAAAAGUUUGACUAGGACUACUGAAUAUCUGCACACUUUUUGAGGCUCUGCUCGAGAGAGGAAGAUAUUUGUAUGGCAUUCACACAGACGCACAUGUACAAUUCUCCACUCCCUCUGUCCUAUGUAUGUUAAACAUUAGCCAUGUGUUUCUAAUGAUGUACUUACCACACACAUGCACACCACUAUUGUGAAACUCCACUCUUUGCCUGAGUGAGCCUGUUGUCUCCCCUCUUCUCCCAAAAUGGACUAACCCAGGGAGAAAUGAUGAAAAUGAAAAUGAUGGAUUAAUGCAAAGACUUGAUGAAAGAAUGUAAACCUUUUUGGUUAGCUUGAAAGGAUAAAAAGGGGUUAGAAUUAUGGAGUAUUUUCAGCCCCGGGUUGCUGUGCUUGCAGAGCAGAGAAUGACUCAAACACAAGACCUAUCACAUGAUUCUUUCUCCAGAUACAACGAGGAGAAGUAGUGAGAACAUACAAUGCAUAGAUUCAUGUCGAACAGCCAACUACAGUGCAAAAAAAAAGAAUUAUACGUGCGUGCACACAGAUAUACAUCUGUGUAUUCCUGUAACAGCGCGUCAGCUCUUCUGUUUCAUUAUUUCAUCUGUUGAGUGUUAUGCACUACGUGUGCAAAUAAUGCCUUUAUUCACAAUUUUAAACCUUCUCUCCUAUUCACUCCAUCAAUCUGUCUCUCUGUAUCUUCUCCCUUUCACUGCUCUCUACUGCAGACAUCUUGUACACUGACAUGGGGACUGAGAGUAAAAAAUGUUAUGAGAUGGAAAAGGGGUGCAAAACUCAAGCAACUUGUCACUCCUGUUUUUACUCUCUCUCUCUCUCUCUCUCUCUCUCUCUCUCCCUCCCCCUUCAUCUUGGCUUUUUGUCUUUUUUUUUAUUUCUCUGCUGGAUCAUUAUUCUUGUACAGACUGUAAAAUGUAAUAUUUUGUACAACUUUAUUGAAGAAAAAGUAAUUGUAGAAGCUCCCUGUGCCUUGAUCAUGAUUGUACGUGUAAAAUGAGCUAAGAUAUAAGUAAGGUAAUGUUACAUUGCGCUGUUCAGCUCCACCCUACCUCCUUCAUUCCCAUCUCACUUUUCCAUGUGACCCGAAAACUCUUCACACUCUUGCAUAAUAUUGACCAUUUUUGGACUAAUCUAAAACCAAAUUUAUUUUUUUUAUUUCAAAAAGGAUUGUAAUUAAUAGAAGAAAAAUGGCAAAACUGGUCUUAGGUCAAUAGCAGAAGAAGCCAUGUGGUGCCGCUCAUCAGAGUGUGGGGAGCUGCUGUCCGUCACAGUCAACGUUUUCUUUUGAUGCAUUUCUUUUCAUCUUUGUUUCUUUUAUGUGUUUUUGCCCAGACCAUAAUAUAUAUUUUAGGAUUAAAAAAGAACCAACUGA